GAACACCAUUAACAUGACCACCACCAGACCAAUCCCCCCAGCUGUGUUUUAUCCAUUUGGAGCUGGAGACAUAGAGAAUGAUCGUUCUGAUGAUGGGAGUUCAUCUGUGAUCUAUCUUCUGCACCAUUUCAUAUUUUUUGGACAAACAUAUAGUCAAAUAUAUGUCAACAACAAUGGACACUUGACUUUUAAUGGACCAUUUCACAGCUACACUCCAUACCAGUUCCCAGGUUAUGGUGAAAUAGACCUCAUCGCUCCAUUCUGGACAGAUAUUGAUAACGAGGGCAAUGGUGUUAUUUCAUAUCGUCAGUACACGUCUGGCAGUGUUCUUACAGAGGCCACACAAGACAUUAACCAAUACUUUCCUGAACUGAGCUUCUCUGCUACUUGGGUCUUUGUAGCAACAUGGGACAGAGUUGCAUAUUUCCCUCUGUCAGGAACAGAAACAUCUUUUCAAGUGGUUUUGAUUUCAGAUGGCCAUUACACAUUUGUUUUGAUGAAUUAUGGAACAAUUGCUCCAAAAGAUUAUGUACAGGCUGGUUAUGACACCAUCAACUCCAGAUACCAUUUCUCAAUUCCUGGAUCAUUCUCGAAUAACAUCACAAACUUGACAUACAGCAGCAAUGUCAAUGUGCCAGGCAGAUGGGCUUUCAGAACAGAUCAUGGAUCACGGGGUUGUCAGUUUAAUGGUAUUCCAGUGCAGCUUGAAGACUCUUUCUGGAGUGAUGCCACCUGCCAGCAGAGAUGCACCUGCACCAGCAGUGGCCUCCAGUGUAGCCAUGAGCCCUGCAGUUACUCCCAAGCCUGCCGUCCAGCAGCCUUCCAAUACUCUUGCCAGAACAUUCAACGGCAAACCUGUACCAUCUCUG